GCACGACCUACGCGUCCGCCUCCGCCGGGGAGCAGUAGUGCCGGGGCUCGGAGCACGACGCCACUGUCCGGCAGGGUUCCGGGGCGCGCACACCCGCCUCCAUCGCCAUGGUGCUCCCGCAGACUGUGCUCCUGUGCCACACCUUCCAGACCGUGCUGGCUGGCACUCCGUAUGUAGUGUCGCUGCUCCCCCGGGGGGACUGCCACGCCUGCUGCGAAACACUCGAGGACGACGUCCAGUUCUACCAACACCUCCGUACUUCACGGCCGGCUGGAACGUCAACUUUGUGACCAUGGACUGGGGCCCGCUGGCCGCCUUCCCCUGGUACGCUAACGCCGUCGCCAACUCGAGGGCGGCGGGCGCGCGCCUGGCGCACUUCCUCGAGGGCCUGUUCCGGGACGGCGUCGACCCCUGGAACACCCACGUGCUCGGAUUCAGCCUCGGCGCUGAGGUGGCGGGCUUCGCCGGCAAGAACCUGACGCAGCAGGGGCGUCGUCUCGGCCGCAUCACGG